AAGAGAGCCAUGAAAGCCAAAAAGUCAUUCAGGCCACCUCCGAGGUUAAGAACCAAGACAGGAUGUAGCACGUGCAGAACUCGACGAAAGAAGUGUGAUGAAGCCAAGCCAAUCUGUUUUGCAUGUCAACGGUUAAAUAUCCCAUGCAAUUGGCGAGAUGCCGCGCUGGGAGACUCGAGGGCUCCAGCCUCGCCAACAAGUUCAUCUGUUGUCCCCUCCGAUGCUGCAUCUGACAUGGAAUCGGUCGUCGAUAUCUCCAUGCCUGCCUCGCUUGAGGCCUCGAUAUGGUCUCUUCCACAGGCCUUAAGGACGCAACAAGAUUUCAACAUAUUUGAGUACUGCGCCAGGAGAUACAUGAAUAUCCUAGUCUUUCCAGAGGCUGGCACUGGAUUUCGAGAUAUGUCAUUCCUCUUUAACAUCAGCUAUCAAUAUCCAUUCGUCAUGCACGCGGCUCUUGCUCCGGCUGCCCUUCACGCGUCUUUCGCUGCCUUGAUCCCUAGAGAAGAUGCUAUGGUCUACACGCAAAGCGCCCUUCAAGGCCUUCGACAAGCGACUGGGACAUUGGCCUACUCAAGCGACGCGCGAGACGCGUUUCUCACUGCCUCUCUCUUCAUGGGCAUUUUUGAGGAUUUCUAUCCCGCGGCGUCCAGCGCCAGUUUGACUCACUAUCGUGCCAUUGGCAAAGUUCUAGAACAGACGAUCGCCGGAGUGCCGCGGCUGCAAUUAUCUUCAAUGUCAUUCUUUGAGCGUACGCUACUAGACUCUGUCCUGUAUCACUUCGCGACCAGACUACUGCUGGCGGAGGAUAUCGAACCAACCUGUGCUUCGUUUCCUACUGCCACGGUGGCCAAGUAUAUCGAAGCCCUCGAUUCAGAACGGGAUGAUUAUGCUGCGAGCGCUUCGGUCCUUCCAGUAAUUGGAAAGAUCCCUCCGGCGCUGUUUCUGGCUAUUUAUCAAGUUACGUGGCUGAGCAGACAACUUCCGUUCGUAGAUGAUCAAAACCAGAAUCUCGCUCUGCAGUGUCUUUCGGAGUUGGACAGUCUCCAGGAUGCACAUCCCAUUCUGUUGCAUGAAAACGACGCCGACUUUCACCAUCUGUCAAAUUCUGAUAUCGCGGCAAAGCUCUACGCCCUGGCCUUGAGAAUUUUUCUUGCAAAGGUAAUUGAUCCAGACAACGUCUCCAGCACUUCGUCAUGGAUAGAAGCCUUGCUUGCCACAGGAUUGGCUUUGUUGAAGCGAUAUGACGGGAGUGCCCUAUUUGGGCAAUUCAUCACCUGGCCAAUGCUGGUUCUCGGUUGUGCAUCCUGUCCAGUGACAUUAUUUGAGAUGAUUCAAGAUAAAGAUGGGGAAAGCGGAUCGGCCGUGAGGGCACAAACGCGCCAUCUGAUCCAAGCCCUACUGCUUCAGAUCUGGGAAGUGUCGUUCUCUGGCUAUGUCAAACGUACAGCAACAGCGCUUGAGAACAUCUGGAAAAUCCCGAACGUCCUACGCAGUAAUAAUCGUGAAUAUGGCUCGGAUUCGGACGAGGAGACCUUGUACGAUGGUCUAAUUGCCCUGAUAUCUAAGAAAGGGCCAGGACCAGGACUU